CAGAUGUUGCUACGAAAUGUGCUCUCCAAAGGUCUUCGGCUCAGAAAUUCCAGCAGUUACUGCUUGAGGCCGGGUGUUGGACUCGAACGCGACGUCGAAGAUGUUUUGGAAGCCGCCCAUCAAUUUGCCAAGAAAGAAAUGUACCCAAAAAUGGCAGAUUGGGAUAAGCAGGGAGAGCUCCCGAUGGACGUGCUCCGGAAAGCUGGAGAAAUGGGAUUCGGAGCCAUUUAUUGCAGUGGCGACCAUGGAGGAUCCGGGCUCUCUAGACUUCAUGCUUCAGUAAUUUUUGAGCAGCUUUCAAUGGGAUGCGUGUCGACGGCAGCUUAUAUUUCAAUUCAUAAUAUGUGCGCCUGGAUGCUGGAUACCUACGGCCCGGAGAAGCUUAAAGAGGACUUGCUCCCAGACAUGGCUGUUUUCAAAAAGCUCGGAUCCUACUGUCUCACAGAGCCAGACGCGGGCUCCGACGCCGCAAGCAUCAGAACCACGGCUACCAAAAAAGGAGAUUAUUAUGUUGUCAACGGAUCGAAAGCUUUUAUCAGUGGAGCAGGAACUUCAAAUAACUACUUCGUUAUGAUGCGGCAGGAUGGUGCAGCUCCGGGAGCCAAGGGAAUUUUCUGUCUUAUGAUUGAGGAUGGAACUGAGGGAUUCAGUUACGGGAAGAAGGAGGAUAAGCUUGGGUGGAACUCACAACCAACAAGGAUUUUGACUUUUGAGGAUUGCAAGGUACCAAUCACUAAUCAAAUUGGAAAAGACGGGUUCGGCUUCAACAUCGCAAUGGCUGGGCUCAACGGAGGACGCAUUAACAUUGCGAGUUGCUCACUAGGAGCUGCUCAAAGGAGCAUGGACUUAGCUAUUGAACAUUUGAAAUAUAGAAAACAAUUUGGUAAGAGCUUGGCAGACUUCCAGUAUAACCAGUUCAAGCUUGCGGAGCUCGCCACAAAAUUGUAUACUAGCAGACUAAUCGUUAGAAACGCCGCGGAGCAACUAGACAAUGAUGAUCCGGAGAAGGUGGCUCUUUGUGCAAUGGCGAAGCUUCACGCCACUGAUAAUUGUUUCGAUGUCGUCAACGGAGCUCUGCAGAUGUUCGGUGGCUACGGAUUCCUGAAAGAUUAUCCGGUUCAACAGUACCUCCGCGACAUCCGAGUUCACCAAAUCCUUGAAGGAACCAAUGAAAUGAUGAGAUUGUUGAUUAGCAGGGACCUGCUCACUAAGGAUGUAUUCUGGAGCUCCUGAGCCAUAUUUGUCUCCAAGGAAUUUUAGAAAUGGGUAUUUCCAAUUGCUCAUGGCAUUUUGCUAUUUAUUACAAACUUUUAUUGAAUAUAAAUGUUUUAGAUUUUCCU